AUACAAAUUGCAUUCAUAAUUAUGCCGAAGAAAUACCUCUGAAAGGAUUUCGUGAUUUCUAUUCAACAUGUUUUUUUCGCCUCUUGGCUAAGUAGUCUAUAGGAUAACAUGCAAGCCCUUCUACAAGACCGUGCCAUAAUCUAAAGGGGCCAGGGUUAGUAUAGCGAAAUUCAUGAAAUUACAUGAUUAUAAAUCAUAAUGGUAUCUAUGACUUGCACAAAAGUCUAGCUACAAGCCUUUGUGCCACCCCCCCCCCUCAUUGGACACCUCCCUGUGUGAGAACUGUUCAUGCCUGUGUAGUCAAGUAGUGGGAGGGGGUCACAGGGGCAUGUAGCUAGACUUAUACAAGUAGAUAUCAUAUACCAAACAAACAAAAAACCUUUGAGACACUGUUUGAAGUUGAGGAGGAAAAUGGCUUUCCAGUGAUCAUUUCAUGAGGAACUUAUCACAAAGCAUUAAAAUGAAAAAAUGGCACCACAUUCCAUGCCAUUUAUAACAGAGGCCAAACACUGACCGUGACCCACUGAAUGCCAAAUGCCAACCCCCGAACACUGACCACCAAAUACCAUCCACAAAAAUUUUGCAGAUUAUAUGAAUAUGUAAUCACUUGCAGUGGUAACAAUAUGUCAACACUUAUGGUGGUGACAUUAAAGGAUGGUGUCAACUCAUCACUAACUAGUGAGAUUAUGCACAAGUUGCACAAUGUACAGAGAGUUAAAGGUGCAAUAAUUAGUGCAGGGGGGCCAUUAAACAUAUUUCAGUUUGGAUAUUUCAUCAAGACUAACAUAUAUUUUUAUUGUCUACAAAGAAACCCCUGGAUGAACAUUAUUUCAGCUGAUAUUCCCC